UGGAGCACAAAUGUGACGUCAUCAACUGUGACGUCAGCGCGGCUGUUUGCAGACUCUCCAAGAUGGCGGAGGUGCGCGGGCUGAGGAGCAGGACUCACUUGGAGCCUGACUGCAGGAGCCGAGUCGCCGACAAAGACUCAAGAGUCAAAGAUGUCCCUAUUGCGCAACAUAUUCGGAGGUCUCCAGCAAGACCCCAGGACCCGGACGAUGACUUGCUUCCUAGGGAGAUGAAUGACAACUGGGGAAUAGCGGCCAGCCUCACCCCCUCAGCAGAAGAAGACAUUCAGGAUUUACAGGUGGAAGAGGAGGCAAAGGCCCAACCUGUCCAGAUCCUCCUGGCCAAUGAGGACCAGCAUAGCUUUGAGCUGGAUGCCGCCGCCCUGGAGAGAAUCCUGCUGCAGGACCAUGUGAAGGACCUCAAUGUGGUGGUGGUGUCAGUGGCCGGUGCCUUCCGCAAAGGCAAAUCCUUCCUGCUGGACUUCAUGCUGCGCUUCAUGCACAAUCAGCAAAGUGAAGCGUGGAUCGGCGGCGACGAGGAGCCCUUGACCGGCUUCACCUGGAGAGGAGGAUGCGAGAGGGAGACCACAGGGAUUCAGGUCUGGAGCGAAGUCUUUGUGGUGGACAGGCCGGACGGCAGCCAAGUGGCCGUCCUCCUGGUGGACACCCAGGGAGCCUUUGACAGCCAGUCCACCAUCAAGGACUGUGCCACAGUGUUUGCCCUCAGCACCAUGACCAGCUCCAUGCAGGUGUACAAUCUCUCGCAGAACAUUCAAGAGGACGACCUUCAGCAUCUUCAGCUGUUCACGGAGUACGGACGCCUCGCCAUGGAGGAGAUCUACUUGAAACCUUUCCAGUCCCUGAUGUUUCUGAUUCGUGACUGGAGUUUCCCCUACGAACACAACUAUGGCCUGGAGGGAGGCUACGACUUUCUUGAAAAACGUCUCCAGGUCAAGCAGCACCAACACCAGGAGUUGCAGAACGUCCGCAAGCACAUCCACUCCUGCUUCUCAAACAUCGGCUGCUUCCUGCUGCCUCACCCUGGCCUCAAGGUGUCCACCAACCCUUACUUUGACGGCCGGCUCAGAGAAAUCGACGGGGACUUCAAGGAGCAGUUGUCCCAGCUGGUGCCUCUCCUCCUGGCGCCGGAGCGACUUGUGGAGAAGGAGAUCGGAGGCAACAAGGUCACAUGCCGAGAUCUUGUGGAGUACUUCAAGGCUUACAUAAAGAUCUACCAGGGCGAGGAGCUGCCUCAUCCAAAGUCCAUGCUGCAGGCCACGGCUGAAGCAAACAAUCUGACUGCUGUAGCAGGAGCCAAAGACAUGUACAGCAAGAACAUGGAACAGGUGUGUGGCGGCGACCAGCCCUACAUGGCCCCUGCUGAUCUGGAGCGCUGCCACGAGGAGUUCCGUGAGAACUCUGUGCGCUACUUCCGCUCGGUGAAGAAGAUGGGCGGCGAGGAGUUCUGCCAGCGCUACCAGAGCCAGCUGGAGGCGGAGCUGGACGAGGCCUUGGGCAGCUUCUGCAAGCACAACGAGGGCAAGAACAUCUUCUACGCCGCCCGCACGCCCGCCACGCUCUUCGCCGUCAUGUUAGUGGCCUACGUGGUGUCGGGCGUGACGGGCUUGCUGGGCCUGAGCACGCUGGCGACGCUGGCCAACCUGCUCAUGGGCCUGGCACUGAUGUCGCUCUGCGUCUGGGCCUACGUCAAGUAUUCUGGAGAGUUCCGCGAGGUUGGGACGAUUAUAGACCUGGUGGCGGAGACGCUGUGGGAACAGGAAGUGUUCCUCACCUGGGGGGCUGUGUGUUGCUGCAGGUGGUCAAGCCGCUGAGUGAACAUUACGUGGAAGACAAGGUGAGGCAGACGGUGGUCAACUCUCUGAAAGCCAGCCUGACAGAAGGCAGCUCGCAGCAACACGCCAAGUUAAAGACGCACUGACGCACUUCCUGUCAACAACAACAACACCAAAGCUGACCUCCUUCGCUGUGGCCUUUUGCCAAAACCACAACAUCAUGCCUUCCACUUGUUCACAGCGUUCUUGGUUUAAAAGCACAAUCAGGAAGUUAGAAUGUGAAUUGUUUGGACAGUAUUAUCAAGAAUCACUUGUAAAAAUAGGAAGUGUCAAUCAAACUGUAACAAGCCGCCAUAUUUCUUUCAUUUUUCAAAGUAGAGUGCUAAAUUAAGCGCUAAUAACCUUUAAUGUCGGACUUAACAUCUUCACUACUUAGUUGACUUCUUCAUAGAAACACUGACUUUUGACCAUUUCAUUUAGGUUAAAAAUUAGCUUAGCAUGAAGGCUAACCAUUUUUCAUAAAGUUUAGUCCCAAAAGAUAUUUUUGGCUUCAUAAAUUAUUAUAGGUAUAAAAUUGUUGAAGCGAAAGCAGGCUAUUGGCUUAGUGUGGUGGAAUUGGUGAUCUUUAGGAGCCGUUUAACGCUAGCAGUUGCUAAUCAAAACUCAUUUGCUCUAGUCUUCAACCCCAAAAAGUUUUAUUCUUAACACAAAUUUUAUGUUACGUGAACACUAUUUUUGUGCUUUAAUCAUCACACUUGUUUGACAUCUAUAGUACUUAAAGCAACAUAGAAAUACCUAUUGCUGACUUGACAGUUUAGCUUGCUGUUAGUGUGAAGGCUAAACAAAAUGAUCUUAGCUUAGCUAUCUUAGGCUAACGUCCAAAUGCCAUUUCUCGCUUCAAAAAAAGGUUUAUAGGUACAAAAUGAUGUGUUUAAAAAGAAGACUAUGACGUUAUGUGGUACAAUUGGUGAUCUUUAAGUGCUGCCUCACGCUAACGUUUGCUACUUCCAGUCUCCAUGCUAAUCAAAGCUAAUUUCCUAGCCUGUUAACUUUUCACCCCCAUAAAAAUGUUUCUGUUUUCUAAAAAAGAAAUGUCUAACUCAACGAAACAAAGUGAAGACCAUUUUCUCCCUUUAGUUGUCGCACAUCUUUAACUUCUAUAAUACAAAGUCUGUAUACUUUAUAGAAACGCCUUGACAAAUUAGCUUAGCUUGAAGGCAAUUUUUUUUUUUUUUUUUUUUUUUUUUUUUAAAUGACUCAUUACGUCUAAAGUUCAGUUCAAAUGUCAGUUCUCGCUUCAUAAAAUGGUUUAUAGGUAAUUACUUGUUUAAAAGCAGACUAUGUGGUAGAAUUGGUAAGCUUUAAGUGCUGCCUCAAGCUAGCACUUGCUACUUCCGGUCUCCGUGCUAUGAAAGCAAAUGAACCCAAGACUCCCAACUAAACACCUUUGAACUUUGUAGCCCCCGAAAAACGGUUUAUUCCUUAAAAGUCUGACGUCAACAUGAAGACUAUUUUCGCCCACUCGUUUGAUUCUCAGGAGCUAUUAGACUAAGGUUGUGUUGACGUCACUCCGUUUAUUCCCUUCUCCGUGACUGCAGGUGGAACUUGGAUUUUGAAAUAGCCUUUGUAUGCAUUGUAGAGCCAAUCGAGGUUUGUUUGGGGUCAAUUGAACAGCGUUGCUGUAGCUAAGUUUCUUUGGAACUGUUCAUAGACGCGUCCUGUUUGGGAGGACGAUAGAAACGUGAUUAUCAGGUUGAUUUGUGUGGAGUAUGCCUGUCCACCUUUUUAAAACAUUUGUGGUAAUUUAUUUUUGAAUAAAGCAUUUACCUUAAGAAUAAAAUCAUACAAGUCA